GUUUCGGUGGCUUCUGCAGCAGACUGCGCAGCAAAAACACUUCCGUAUUUCACUGAAAUAAAUCUUCCUGCUUCUGUCUUUUUCUCCAUUCUUUGAUUUGUCUGCCGGUGGGAGAAAGACGCAAGGUGCAUGAGCUGGAAAUCCAGAAUCCAUUGAUCAACCGAGAGAAGACAUUGGGAGGAUCAAAUAUGUGAUAGGACAAGGAUGUGGUGUGUGGAAUGAGGAAAGGACAUCCGACCUGUCAGUAUGGACAUUUUGUCGAUUGUGUUCUCCAUUUAAUUUCCUGACAGAGGCAUCCAGCCGCCUUUUCUGGAAUACUCGGCAGUGUUUCAACUAAAACUCCACGGGAGAGAAGCAGUUCAGCUUCAUGUUGGCACUUGUGGCAGUACCUGCCUAUCAAGGAUUGACCUUCACAGCCAUCAGCACCAAAUGGAGACACCGCACCUAAAGAUUGAAAGGUUCAGGACCCUGUGACCAAGAUUCCCAUUCUUCUGGCGAUCUGCAAUAGGUCCUACAGAACCUAACUGCAGCUUUUACAUUGGCUUAUUGGGAAAAUCUGAUUCGCUUGACAUUGUUUCAUUUAAGGAUGCACUUUUCAGAAAUGCAACUACAACAUUAAGUGAAGAGCUGAAGAUGAGCAGACUGUGCAAUUUACCUGAUAACUUAACAGAAUGGACCAAAGAACAUGUGAAAGGCUGGGUGAUUGAUGGACUGAAACUUGAUCAGAAAUGUGGGGACAUCCUGUACAAUAAAAAUGUCUGUGGAGUGGUAUUGAAAAAACUUACUAAAGCAGACAUAAAUGAGAUGGGCAUAAAGGCUGAACCAGCUGCUGUGAUAAUACAUAAACGUAAUGAAUUCAUCAAGGGAUCAAAGCUGGACCUAAACCUUGCAACUGUCGCCGACGAUAAGCAAAAAAAUUCAAAAAGAUCCUCCUCUCCAAGAGCAAAUAGUUCGGAUUGUAAGGUGGUUGCCAGUAGUGAAUCAGAGGGUCAGACCAGUAAAACAGAUUCCAUAAUAUUCACUAAGAAAUCUGUGCAACCAAAACACAACACAAAGAGUAGAAAAGACAGAAAUGAAUCUGAUAACUCUACCAUUAGUUGUCAAGUAGACAUAGAAGCACAAGUAAACUUGGCUACUUCUACAAAAUCAGAGAAAAAUGAAACAAAAGAACAGAAAUGCUCACAGCAGACUUCUGCGAUUGAUGGAAAUAUACAACUGCCCACAAGAUCAAAACCAAGAUGUGAAACAUAUCCAUUUGAUGAACAUCAUGCAGGCACAAGGUACAUACAAAACUAUAUCCUUUCUCCUGAAACUGGACCUUCCAAUCUAAUUGACCCGGUACAUGAGUUUAAACUUUUUAAUUUGACGGGGAAUGCAACAGAGGAAGAUAUGAAGAAAAAGUUUUCCAAUGAAGUUUUUAGAUUCUCAGCUGCAUGCAUGAAUAGCAGAACCAAUGGUACCAUCCAUUUUGGGGUAGGAGACACAAAAAGUGGAUAUGAACAUGGUGAGAUUAUAGGUGUGCCUGUGAAAAGCACAGAUAUAUAUGUUGACAAUCUUUGUAACAAUUUUGUACAUUACUUUGAACAAAAGGACAUUACCAAUGCAAAAUCAUCCAUUAGGCCACCUCGAUUUGUGGAGGUGUUGAACCCAAAUCAAGCAUCAUUAGCAAAGUUUAUCAUUGAAGUUGAUAUUGUACCAAACUACAGGAUUUGUGGUUUCAAGUUGUAUUAUAUUCACAUGAUGACUCAGGUCAACCAAAAAUGGAUGAAGAGUAAAGAGAAACACCUGUUCAUACGUGAUGGAAGCAGCUCCAGAGAUAUUCUGGGAAAUAAAAAUAUCACAGAAAGAGAGGCUGAAUACAGAAGGUUCCUCACUGAGACAUUAAAUACCUUGGUGGAAGAACGAAAAAUUGCCGAAGAAAAGCCACGAAAGCAGUCAAAAAAACAGGAUGGAUACAACCUGGUUCGGAUGAUUACAGGUGGCUCAGGUACAUUGGACACAUCCUAUUACCAGUGGUACAUAUUAGUGACAAACAAAUCCCAGCAGACUCAAACUCAAAAUUUAGAGUUUCUAAAGGAAAUGAAUUUGUUUUGUGUGCUAGAGUUUGAUCCUGAGUCUGUAACCAGUGGCGUGUGUAAGUCGUAUCGUGAAGAGAGAGCAGCAAAUCUCCAUUUCCCUAGUCACUUCCAAGAUAUUGAUACAGCAACCAGUGAAAAGGUUGAACAACUGAACUUGUACAAGCAAGCAAGCUGGAUAUUCUGCAAUGGAAGGUCAGAUCUUGAUGAUCAGAGGUACAAGCCAUUACCGCCCAAAGUGUGGUAUAAAGAACAAGCUGCAGAUGUUAGGAAAUUGGUUUCUUUUCUGUGCCGACUAGAUAUCAUGCCAAAAGGGAAAUUUCUGGUAGUAUUUUUGCUUCUGUCUAAAGUAGAUGACCCAAGAGAUCCCUUUCUUGAAACUUUCUGUUCAUUUUACCAGGAACUGAAAGGGACAGAAGACAUAUUGUGCAUUUGUGAAAGUGACCAAACAUUCUUGCGCUGGAAGGACCUCAUGCUGUGUACAUGUGAGUCACAGGAACUCACAGAGAGAUGUGUUUCUGCCUUAAGCCUUGAUGAAGUCAAUGCUACUGUUCUUAAAUUAAAAUCUAUUACUCGAUCUACAAGACGAUUCUUACCCUCUGCAACUUCAGCAUCCAUUAUUCUUCAGAAAAAAGAGGAGGAGCUCCUGACUGCACUUGACGUCUUGUGUGAAAAUGAAUGUGAGGGCACUGAUAUAGAAAGUGAUCAAAACCGUUUUAAGGAAUUUCAAAAAUCCAAAGAGGAGCAGUUUUACAGAGGUGGCAAAGCAUCAUGGUGGAACUUUUACUUUUCCACAAAAGUCCCUUUUAUCAAACGAGACAGUUACGCAGAGCUUGAUAACUUGAUUAAUGCAAAAUCACCUUCUGCAACGUGUGUGAAAAUUAUCAAUUUAUUUCAUCAUCCAGGCUGUGGUGGGACAACUCUAGCCAUGCACUUUUUAUGGGAGUCAAGGAAAAAAUUCAGAUGUGCUGUAUUGAAGAACAGUAAAGAAGACUUUGUAGAAAUUGGAAAGCAAGUCAUUCACUUGGUCACUUAUAAAGAAAACACUAACACAGAUCACUUACCUGUAUUACUUUUGGUAGAUGAUUUUGAAGAAUUAGAAAAUGUGCAUGUGUUGCAGAACUCAAUUCAGUUUAUUGUUGCGGAGAAAGGCCUGCGAUUUGAGUGGCCCUUGGUAAUCAUUCUAAACUGUAUGAGAUCCCAGGAUCCAGACAGAAGCUCAAAAAGGAAUGUUUUGGACAGUGUUGCUGUAAAACAUAAGCUGUCUGAUAAAGAGCAACAAUUGUUUGAGUUAAAGCUUGAGGAAAUUGAGGAACACCAUUCAAAACCUGAAAACUUCUACUCUUUCAUGUUCAUGAAGAGUAACUUUGAUGAAAAAUACAUUGAAAAUGUGGUCCAUAAUAGUUUGAAGGACCUGAACAUUGUAAGCAAACAAGGACAGCUGAUUUCAAUCUUGGCUUUGCUGAAUUGGUAUGUUAAAGAUUCUUCAAUAUCAGUUUCAAAGUGUGAAGAAUUCCUGGGAUUAGGACAGGUGAAAACGUCAUUCUGGGGUCCAGAGAAGUUUGAAGAUGUGAUGGGCACAUACUGCAACCUUUUUAUUCGUAUAGAAGUGGAAGAAUAUGGAAGAUAUGAGGGAAUUCGAAUCAUCCAUCCAUUGAUUGCAAGCCGCUGCUUGGAAGAAUUGAAACAUUGUUACAGCCUUCCCAAGAGUGAAAUUGCCCUGAUGUUGCUCACUCAAAACAUAUUUCUCCAACGUAGCAUUGGAAGAGAAAAACUCCUGCAAGACACAUGGAGUUUGUUGAUUACCAGACACCGAAAAGAACAUGGAGAUGAAGCAGAUACUUUGUUCUCCCCUUUAAUUGAAGCAAUACAGACUGAUGAAGGAAAAGAUCAAGUUAUAAAAGUUUUGACUGAAGCAUCAAACAGAUUUGACCAAAAUCCCUUCAUUUCCCAGGUUCUAGCAAGACACUACUACCUGAUAGUAAAGGAUUACGAGCUAGCAAUUCACUGGGCCACUAAAGCUAAAGAUCGGGCAAAAGAUAAUUCUUACAUCACUGAUACAUUAGGCCAAGUUUACAAAAGCAAGUUAAAGUACAGAAUCGAAUGUGUUGAAAUUGCUAAACAAGCUGUGGUGACUUCUGAGCAAUUGAGGGAGUUCCUGGACCUUGCACAAUCUGCUUCAGGUGCUUUCAGAGAAUCUCAGUGUCUGACAGAACAGAAAGGAGGAAGCAGAACGGAAUGGGAAGAACAGAGUUCUAAAAGGAAAUAUAAUCUGUACAACACUUCUGGUUAUUUGGGAGAGAUUGAAGUUGCUCUAUAUGUUAUGGAUAUCCUCAGAAUGGUACCAUUCUUCAGUGGAAAGGAAGAAGUAAGUAAAAUGCAAUUAAUGCAUUUGCUAUCAGGUAACUCGAACCUUGGGCACAUUGAAAAGACAAACAGCACUGAUGAAGAGUUGUGUUCAGUGGUUGAAAAAUACAGCCAAUACCUGGUUAAUAUUCAGAUCACUAUGAAAACAGCUUUUAACUUUUUUGAAGACUAUUAUGUCCAUUUCAAAACAAAGAACAUUGAAAGAGAAAUAGCAGAAUUUAAGAUUCGCAAAAAGGUUUCAGAAUGUUUUUCAAGAUACACAGAAGUAUUCUGUCCAUCACAGACUGAAAACAAGGCUGCAAGGAAAAACAAGCCAAAACUCAGUCUGCCACUUGAGUUGGAAGAAUGCAGAAGGUUUUUAGAAUUCCACAAGGCUGACCGUUUUGCUGGUUUGCUUGAGUUCCUUACAAAUAACCAUGAUGCUGGGAAUAGAAUAGAAGAAAUUGUCAGCAAAUACCAAUUUCUCCUUCAGAAUUCAACAAUGAAAAAGCUAGCAAGACAGAAACAAAAUUUUAUAUUGGCGAACAUUGUACUUAAUUGUGUUAAACCAAAGUCGAAACAAAUCGAAGCUUACGAUAAACUUAGAGAUCUUUUGAAAGAAGUACUGCAAGAUGUGGGGUUUGAUUCCGGUCACGUUGAACCAUACUUCUUGGCUUCCUUAUUAUUUUGGCCAGCAAAGUAUAAUGAAGUUAAUGAUGACUCCAAAUUUCUUCUGAAGUGCAUAAAUGCAAUCAAACAGUCAUUUAGAGGAUGUUAUGGGCGAAUGAGCCGUUCCAAACAUCCUGUUGCACAUUUCUAUCUUGGCAAGAAAGACGGUAUGAACAGAUUUAUUCAGAAAGCAAAAAUCGAUCAGUUAUUUGAUAAAGAGCUACGACUGAAUACCUUAUGGCAAUCUGGAGAAAUCUGGAAAGAAGAAAAAGUCAAAAAGCUCCUUCUUCGGAUGUAUGGUCGAACAGGGGAAGAUAACAAAGUGUAUGUAGAGUUUGGCAGUGCUGAAAAAAUCAAAAUCCCUGUGCGUCCAGUUUAUUUGGGCAAGUUGAGAAGUGGUCUAAGUAUUGAAAAAAUAUCUUUUUACUUAGGAUUCUCUAUGGAUGGACCAAUAGCAUAUGACAUAGAGAAUACAAAUUAAAAUUGACUGAUGGUUAACCUUGAAACAUAACCUUGUUCCAAUGUCUACAGCAUACAUAUUUUUUUUCAGUAUGUAAAUUUAUUAUUGAGGUCUUGUACAUUAUUAGAUUAAACAUAACUUUAGGGAGAUAUAUUUUUCAAGUAGAUUCUGAUCCUGAAAAUUCAUAAGGCCUGUAGUUCACUUCCACCGCUGACGCCACCAAAGUUUGUAGAGGGAAGUGACAUCCAGAGGGGGCUAUCAAGUUCUCCAGGAAAAAGACUAAGAGUCCAAGACAGCCCAUAAUGAAGCUGCUUCAAAAAUAAAUACCAUUUAGUACACACAGAUUCAAUGGUCCAGACAUCAAUCCUAGCCUAGUGCCUACAGUUAUCAGGGAUUUGUGCUGGUAUACCUAAUGUAAUCAGGUGUUUCUGGGUCAAACAUAUUUUGGAUAUUUAAGAAGGUGUGGCGUGGGAACCCCAACUUUCAGAGUCUCAGGCCCAGCUGAGCCCUUACAUUGAUAGCCUUAUAAUAAGCACCAAUACCACAUAACCAUCCAUGACCUUUGGCUCAGGUCUAGAAUCUGGCAUGAAGGGCUCCCAGCCAUGUUUUCAGCCACACUGUGCACUUUUACCAAAGUUAGGAUUUGAGGUUAUGGCUGCUCAGCUGUGGCUCAGUUGAUAGUGUUCUUGCUUGUUGGAAGGUUGUGAGUCCAAGUCCCAUCCUGAAGACUUGAGCACAGAAAUGUAAGCUUGAUGCUCCAGUACAGCACUGAGAGAGUGCUGUAUUGUUAAAGGUGUCAUCUUUCAAAUGAGAUGUUAAACUGAGGCCUGUAUGCUCUCCCAGGUGAUGGUAAAAGACCAAUUGGCAUUAUUUUGAAGAAGACCAGGGGAGUUAUCCCCAGUGUCCUAAUGAAUAUUUAUCCCUCAAUCAACAUCCCAUAAUAAAACAGAGUAUCUGAUCAUAUCAAACUGCAGUUUGUGGGAGCUUCCUGUAUGCAAUUUGGCUAUCGCGCUUCAUUACAACAGUGCACUUUAAAGAGUACUUAAUUAGCUGUAAAGUGCUUUGUGACAUCCUGAGGAUGUAAAAGGCACUAUAUAAAUGUAAGUCUUUUUUAUAUGCUUAGAAUUGUAUAACUGUCAGGCAGUGUUAAAAAAAAUAGGUAGACGUUUACUCUAAGUUGGUUAAGGUGUCAAGGUUUACACUGGUUAAGGUGUCAGAAUAUGCAGAAUGCAUUGUUAUACUUGGUCAAUUUUCAAUACAUCUUUCUUUGUUACAAUUAUAUAAUAUUCAAUGCAUGCAACAGAUCAGUCAGCAUUUGAAGGGGAACAGAUUAACGUUUUGCUUGAAAUUUUUCAUCACAACUUCAUCAGAAUUUUUCUGACACAAGGCGCAACCAGUCAUUCUGUCUGCCUUCAACACUUGUGGUUUAGAUUCCAUAUUUUUAUUUCAGAUUUCAGCAGUUUAUCAGACUUCUCCACAAAGGAGGUGGAAAUGCUUCAUGAAGCUGGUCUGAUGGCAUUUUUUCCAAUUUUCCUGUCCCCCACACCUCCACCUCCAAACCCACUUUCAGGAACAGGGAAAAUUCCCCCCAUCGUUAUGUGCCUCUGAAUCUUAUGUCUCAGACACAUUUUUAAAAAUCAUUCUUACAAACCUUGUACAACUUUCUGAAAAAAAAAACAGGUCAAGAAUAUGUGCAGUAGUUAUAUUUUUACAAGAAGUGCACUGAGAAUUUUUUUCUUCUGUGAUUUUGUUACAAAAUUAUCUCAAAAUAUUUCUUACGGAUGUCAUAUCUUAAUAUUUUAAGGUUAAAGACAAAUACAGCAAUUUAUGAGCAGUGGUUGAAUUACAAUAUGAUUACUUAACCUCUAGGUGUCUUUCUCAGUAAGGUCUUAAAUGCCAAAAAAACGCCAUGUUUCUUGGAAUUAUUUCAUGCAAGCGCUGAACCCCUGGCUGUUCAUUUCUUACUCCUAAUUGAACUUUUUGUAAUUUAGUACGUUUACAGGAUUUCUGUAACUUCCAAAAAGUCUGGAUUGAUGUAAAAAAUCCAGUGGGGAAUGAAGGCCGAGCAAAUUGCCAGGCUUUUUAUUCCCUAGUGGAUAAAUCAAAAAGACGUUUUGUUCAUCUUUGGUGACUACAUAGUGCCUGUAAAUAAAGCAUCAGCAUAGCUACAGUAAGGAAAGGGUCAAUCACACUGUUCUGAAAUAUACUAACGAUAUUCUGUCUUUACAUUGUAUUACAUUGCAGUAAUGUUAGCCAUUAAGUUUUGUUUGUUAAGCCGGGAGGUAUGAUUCAAUUAUAACAGUGAUUACCGAAGGUUUGAAUUGAGACCAACUCUGUAGCAAUGGUCAUUUUCAGUAUAAUCACUUGAGUGACGUAGUUAAAGAUGUCAACUUGCACAUUGGCUUCUAAAUUUCAGGGGAAUAUACUCAUUGGUCGUAGGUGAGGAAAAAUGGUUAGUGCUGAAAAAGAAAAAAGAUUUAGAUAUAGAUCAUCUUUUUUAUUUGGCGUUUCUGCAGAAUUAGGAGAUUGACUGUUACUGAAUGAUACAGAAUCUAAGGCAGACUUAUGACUACUUGGUGGAAUAGCAAUUGUAUGUAACAAGAGCAAAAUAGUACAACACAGGAUACUAAUCUCAUUAGCCUAAUGGAAAAUGAGAUUGUUAAAGAAGGAAACUAAAAUAAAAACAGAAAAUGCUGGAAAUAGUCACCAGGCCAGGCAGUACUGAUGAAGAGAAAAAGAGUUAAUGUUUUUGAUCUGUGGGAAGGUGUUUAUGUUUUGUUUUUAUUUCAGAUUUCCAGCAUUUGCAGUAUUUUGCCUUGGUACUAAGGAAGGAAACUAGUUCAUUAAUUAAGGUUAGUGAUAAGGGACAAGUUCAGUUAAACUCUCUUUAUAUGGAGUGGAACUGAAACUUUUUUAAAAAAGCCACGUAAUGCAGAAACAUGUGGAUUGUCAGUUAGAGAAGGUAAGGGAAAUGUAAAAAAGUGGCAUUUUCUACAGAUAUUUUGAGUUCAAAAACCUAUAGGCUCAGCUUAGAACUGCAAUGCAUUUGAGUUCCCAAUCUAAAUAUGCCCGAAUGAAUUUGUAAGUACCAUUUGAUAUGUGUCUGUUAACCACUUUGGUAUGUACUAAAAGCUUAAUAAACUAUGAAAAGUG